AUGAGCGAGAGGGGUGAUCCACUAAGCAUGGAGAUCGAGCGUCUAGCGCCCUUCAACAGGCUCGGGGGAGGAAGCGGGAGCCGGACUCUGGGCCGGGAGAUGAAAAGGGAGGAACGUCAAGGCUCCCAAGCUCCACUUCCGGUUCCGAGUGGGCUGGCGCGUCGCCCCCGGAAGUUCCACCCCCACGUUCCAGCGCCGGGCCACUCCUUCUGCCACGUCUGCAAUAGGCACGCGCCCAGGAACCCGGAUGCCGCGCAUGCGCCACUUUCUUCUCCCAUCCGAAGACGGAGCCAGGCUGGCAGAGGAGGACUCCGAGAGAGGGACCAUCUUUUGGCCAUCAAUGGAGUCUCCUGCACCAGCCUCUCUCAUGCCAGUGCCAUGAGCCUCAUUGAUGCCUCAGGGAAUCAGCUUGUCCUCACUGUACGAAGGGUAGAGGACGAAGGGCCUUUGCGAUCUCCAUCCCCUGGUGAGCUGCAGGUGCUAUCACCCUUAUCUCCACUGAGUCCUGAGCCCCCUGGUGCUCCAGUUCCCCAGCCUCUUCAGCCUGGGAGCCUCCUCUCACCUCCCGACAGUGAAGCUUACUAUGGAGAGACAGACAGUGAUGCCGAUGGCCAUGCCACCCAGGAGAAGCCCCGCCGACCCCGCCGCCGAGGCCCCACAAGGCCCCCCGCUCCAGGAGCCCCACCUGAUGAGGUCUACCUGUCUGACAGCCCUGCAGAGCCAGCACCUGCUGUCACUGGCCCUUCCAGCCAGGGUGACAGCCGUGUGAGCUCCCCUUCUUGGGAGGAUGGGGCAACCCUUCAGCCACCCCCAGCCGAGGCCCUGCUGUUGCCCCAUGGCCCCCUCCGGCCUGGCCCUCAUCUCAUCCCUAUGGUGGGGCCUGUACCCCACCCGGUGGCAGAAGAUCUUACUACCACCUAUACUCAGAAAGCCAAGCAAGCCAAACUGCAACGGGCAGAGAGCCUCCAAGAGAAGAGUGUGAAGGAGGCCAAGACCAAAUGCCGGACGAUUGCAUCCCUGCUAACUGCAGCCCCCAACCCUCACUCCAAGGGGGUGCUUAUGUUUAAAAAACGACGGCAGAGAGCCAAGAAAUACACACUAGUGAGCUUUGGGGCUGUAGCUGGGACAGGUGCUGAGGAGGAAGAAGACGGGGUCCCUCCUACGAGCGAGUCUGAGCUGGACGAGGAGGCCUUCUCCGACGCCCGCAGCCUUACCAACCAGUCUGACUGGGACAGCCCCUAUCUAGACAUGGAGCUGGCCAGGCCAGGCUCAAGAAUAGCAGAGGGCCAGGGCCCGGGGCUGGGAGGGCAGCUGAGCGAGGCCUCUGGGCGGGGCGUCCAGCUCUUUGAACAGCAGCGCCAGCGCGCAGCCUCCAGCACCGAGGAGCUGGCCCGGGAUGGUCCAGUAGCCAUGCUCAAUGGGCAGGGACUACAGUCUCCACCUCAGGCCCAGAGUGCUCUGCUGGAGGGGGCUGUGCUCUCAUCCAGCCCUUCGCCGGCCCCUAUAGCCAGCCCCAGACCCUUCCUCCCAAGCGGUGGAGCCCCUACUCCACCUCCAAGCAUCUUUAACCGGUCAGCCAGGCCCUUUACCCCAGGCUUACAAAGUCAGCGGCCAGGUACCACCUCGGUUAUUUUCCGGCCCCCGGCCCCCAAGAGAGCGAAUGAAAGCUUGAGAAGUCUCAGCCCAGCCCCACCACCUUUCUCGUCCUCUCCUCAAGGGCCCACCUCUCUGCCCAGCUUCACCUCAGGGGUUCCCAGCCACAUGCCAGACUCCAGUUCCCCCAGCACCCCACGCUCUUCGGGCCCCGUCACGGCCACCAGCUCCCUGUAUAUCCCAGCCCCCAGUCGUCCUGUUACUCCAGGCGGAGCCCCAGAGCCCCCCGCUCCCGCUAGCGCAGCUGCCAUGACCUCCACUGCUUCUAUCUUCCUAUCCACGCCUCUGCGACCCACUGCACGCCCAGAGGUGCCCGCCCCGGGCCCCGCAGCCCCUGAGCCUCCCAGCGCUCGGGAGCAGCGCAUCUCGGUGCCAGCUGCUCGCACCGGCAUCCUCCAGGAGGCCCGGCGUCGGGGGACCCGGAAACAAAUGUUCCGGCAGGGAAACGAGGAGCCGAAGAACUCGCCCAACCCCGAGCUGCUAUCGCUGGUGCAGAACCUGGAUGAAAAACCCCGAGCCGGGGGUGCAGAAUCUGGUCCAGAGGAAGAUGCUCUGAGCCUCGGGGCUGAAGCCUGCAACUUCAUGCAGCCACCAGGGGGCAGGAAUUACAAGACCCUGCCUCAUAUGACAUCUAAAACCCCGCCUCCAAUGGCUCCCAAGACCCCGCCCCCUACGACUCCUAAGACUCCACCCCCAGUGGCUCCCAAGCCCCCGUCUCGAGGGUUCCCUGAUGGGCUGGUGAAUGGAGCAUCCCCUUCUGCUGGAAUCCUUGAGCCACCAAGGCUUCUGGGCAGGGGUGGGGAGCUGUUUGCCAAGCGGCAGAGCCGAGCAGACAGGUAUGUGGUGGAAGCUACACCUAGUCCUGGCCUUGGCCCUCGGCCCCGAAGCCCUUCUCCUACUCCCUCACUGCCCCCUUCCUGGAAAUAUUCACCCAACAUCCGUGCCCCACCUCCUAUUGCUUACAACCCUCUGCUCUCACCCUUUUUCCCCCAAGCUGCCCGAACUCUCCCUAAUAAGGCCCAAUCCCAGGGGCCUCGGGCAACCCCUAAGCAGGGCAUCAAGGCUCUGGAUUUCAUGCGGCACCAGCCCUACCAACUUAAAACUGCCAUGUUCUGUUUUGAUGAGGUUCCCCAGACUCCUGACCCCACCUCCUCAGGGGCCACCAAAACUGCCCGAGUUCAGGAGAUUCGCAGAUUUUCUACUCCAGCACCCCAGCCCACUGCAGAGCCCUUGGCAGCCACUGUGCUUGCCCCCCGAGCAGCCACUACAUUGGAUGAGCCCAUCUGGAGGGCAGAGCUGGCCUCAGCCCCUGUCCUUAGCCCAGCCCCUCCUCCAGAGUCUCCCAGGGGCCUCCGGGCCUCCCCCAGCUCCUGUGGCUUCCAGGUAGCCAGGCCUCGGUUUUCAGCCACCAGAACAGGAUUGCAGGCUCACGUGUGGAGGCCUGGGGCAGGCCACCACUGAGCUCCCAGGACCAAGGAGAGGUGGAACAACACCCAGUUCCUAAAGUUGCUUCUCCUACUCAAUCUACCCUCUCUCUCAGGCAUCUGGAGUCUAUAUUCCCUCCUGCCAGAGAUAGUUGUGGAGUUGGUGUACUAUCCCUCAGCUUCCUCCUGGCUCCUGACCUCCCUGCUGCUUUUCAACCUAACAUCUCUGCUUUGCUAUUUGUGCUUCUCUUUGUCUCUGUGGUUCCUUGCCAGGAUCUCGUUCUUUAUCUCUAGGUUUCUCCACCUAUACUCCUCCACUGGCCUCUAUUUUUCUACGUUUGUGCUUUUCUCUGUGGGCCUCAUUUUAAUGUUCAAUGAGAAGAAUACAGAGAAGUUACCACUGAGACCUCAAGCAAGAAGCUUGCGACUAGGCAGGCAGCAAAGGAACUGAAUUGACCCCUAUUUGCACUAAGUUGCUUCCUACUCCUCACUCUUCUUUCCCAAGCUUGGCUGGCAUAUACCUAGGUGUGUAUGUGCAAGUGUAUAUGUGCAAGCGUGUGUGUGUGUGCACAGAGAUGCUCUUCUGUCUGAGGCAAGAGUAAGAGGAGAGAUCUAAAUAAAGACCCAAUGUGGGUCUUACCCUUGUCUUGAUCAAAAAAGGGUUAGAUAUUCCCACAUGGAUAGUCUAGUGCAGGGAAAAACAUUCACUAGAGUUAAAGACCAGUGUCUGUAGCUGGUAUGUAGCAUCUUGUGAAACUCACAGAGUAGGAGAAGACAUGAAGGGUCAGGGUGGUUUGUAUGAGCUGAGUUAAACCAGCUAGACCAAGAAUAGAACUAAGAAUUCUAUUUCUCAGGAUUUCAGAAAGUUAGCAACUUGAGGGGCCCAUGCUGAGCAACAAGCACGAAGGAAGUGAAUAAAAAGAAAGAAAAUUUCUUCUAAGAGUGAACAAAUCAUUGGCUUCAUUGCCUCAUGAAUCUAAGACAGAAAGGAAACAGAGCCAUAGUCUCGAAAGUGAGGCAGAACCAGGAGCAGAGCAAAAAUGAAAAAAAUUGAUUGAGCCAUAAAGAGCGUUGUGAGGGAGAGUGAAAAUGCAGUGUUUGCAGAGAGUAAAGUUAGGUAACAAGAAACCAACCAUGUACAAGAGGGGGGUUGGGGGAAAAAUGUGAAGAAGAAUGUAUUUGUUCGUGUGAAGGGCCUGAUGGUGAGAAGAUGUGAGAGUGUGUGUGCAGAGUGUUGAAAGAAGAGUUGGUAUCUGUGCUACUUUCUUUGAGUCUGUCCCUCUGUCUUCUGCAGCUUGUCCUGACUACCCGGGAAAGGGCAAGGAAACACCCAAAGCCAAACCUCUUUUCAGUUUUAUCCCAUCCUUCAAACCUUAGCUCCUGUUCCUUUCCAGUUUCAGGUCCCGAUUUCUGAUACUAAAGGGGUAGGGACUCCCCUCUCACCAUGACUACCAUAGGUUACAUUUGCUGCUUGAUCUGGAAAUUGAUCAUUUCCUUUGUAUAUUGGGUGUGAGUCACAGUACUUUUGUUUGUGCACAAGAAUAAACUUAUACCCCCAUA